CACUUCUUUCCCUCGCAGCCGCCUGGCAUCUCAUUGGUUAAGGCCCCAGCUAUAUAUUUAUCUGAUUGGUCAGGGCGGGGUAUAUAUACACAGCAUGGGUCGGUUAAAUCUGGCCACAAGUUUCAAAACUUUCAAACAAGGUGGAGAGACGGAGAGACGGAUAGUCGGACGGCUUCGCUGACUGAGUGAAAUCAACUGCUGAACCGCAAAAUCCAAACAAGAGCUGUUGUCUUUUUGGGAAAGAAAAAAAAAGGAAGUGGACAAAAGAGGCAGAGUCUCUGGAUUUUUUUUCUUCAGAGGGAAUAUCCUGCACCACAACUUUUGUUUUCUCCUUUCUCUCUUCUUUCCCCUCUCCUCUCAGAUCUCGAUGCUUUAUUUUGGGAUUUGUGCACCAAAUCCGUCAGAUUCCUCAUUUGAUCCUUCGGUCGUUUUCCAUCUGAAACAUUCAGAGUUUUCCAGCCAACAUAAAGCAGAGAUUUUCUGGACAGAACGUUAACCUGAGUGGGAUGAAUUUAACUGAGCCCAACCUGCCUAGAGAGGCCUCCCUGCAUCCCAGUCAAAUGCCCUUUGGAGGCCGCUGGACGUCGGAGACCCCGAGUCCCGCCUCCGACCCCGAGAUGGAUUUUGAAGAGAGCCUGUCAGCAGACUGCAGUUCUCCGGACGCCCCUGCAGAACCGAGGAGAGGCGAGCCCAGGAUGGCUCUGACGGUGGGCUCCAGGGGACAGAGCCCCGACCUGACCCCGGGAGGGGGCCCGCUGGCCGGGGCGGGCGAUGGGAAGGCCUCAGGGGCCGAGCAGAGGAUCCGCAGGCCCAUGAACGCCUUCAUGGUUUGGGCUAAAGAUGAGAGGAAGCGGCUGGCCCUGCAGAACCCGGACCUGCACAACGCCGUGCUCAGCAAGAUGCUGGGUCAGUCCUGGAAGGCCCUCAGUGCCACAGACAAGCGGCCGUUUGUGGAGGAAGCCGAGCGUCUCCGUGUGCAACACCUCCAGGAUCACCCAAACUAUAAGUACCGACCUCGACGCAAAAAGACCACCAAGAAGCUGAAGCGAGUGGAACCCGGGCUCCUGCUGCACAGCCUGGCACAAGGUGGGGCCCCGGCUCUCGGUUUGGGCCCCGGCGUCGGCCCUUUGGCUGCUGAUGGCGUAUCUGGUGCUGCUGCUUACGGCCACCCGGCCACCCACACUCCCCACCACCAUCACCCCCACCAGCUGCUGCCGUCUCUGGGCCACUUCCGGGACCUUCCGGCGCACGGCGACCUGGAGAGCUACGGCCUGCCCACCCCGGAGAUGUCGCCGCUGGACCUCCUGGAAGACGGAGCCGGAGAGUCCGUGUUCUUCCCCCAACACAUGCAAGACGAGGCGGGGAUGGGAGGCUGGAGCGGUUACCACCGCCUUCACCAUCACAACCCACAUUACAGCCAGCAGCACUACAACAACAGCCACAGCCACCACAACGCCAUCGGCGUCAGCGCCAGCUUAAACAUCGGGAUGAACGCAAGUCUCAGUCCAAGCAGGACUUCCAGACUGGACUCUAGAAUAAGUUCUGUUGAAUCAAAUAUGACAUCAAGCAUUAGCUCAGUUAGCGCCAAGCUACCUCCUUCUCAUGCUUUCAGUCAUCAGGUCCCCUUAAGGACUCCUGUGAAAUGUCCUCCACCUCUAGCCGAUUCCUCGUCUCCCGUUUCCUAUCCUCGCCCGUCCUUCAGCAUCCCUGAGCCGGUCAAAUGCCAACAAACGCCUCUGAGCACAGCGCCUGUCGGGUAUCUGAACCAAAUGUAUGGAGGCACUGCGUCCAGUGCUGCGCACUUCACUCCCUCUCAUCUGGGACAGCUUUCCCCUCCUCCUGAAACCUCUUCCUCUUCCUGCUCGUCCUCCUGCAUCCUCCCUGCAUCCUCCUUCGGUCGCUCUGCACACUCGGACCAGUCCAGCCUGGAGGCCGGCGGCCACAUGGGCUCUUCCUCUGCUGAGUUCUGGUCUGAGGUGGACAGGCAUGAAUUUGACCAGUAUGUCAACAUGGGACGGAGUCGAGACGAGCCCUACGGACUUGUUGGAGGGUGUGGAGGAGGGUCAAAGGUCCUGGGUGGGUGUAAUGCCAUCGGAGGCAGUGGCAGCAACAGCAUCAUUAGUACUAUUAUUAACAGGGACGUCAGCAGUAUUAUGAGCGGCGCUGGUGGCUGUGAUGAUGGAAGCAGCCCUCUGAUAUCUGCUCUCUCCGACGCCAGCAGUGCCGUUUAUUACAGCGCCUGUAUAACUGGAUAAAUACAGAAUCUCAUCUCGCAGCCUUCAAUGCAUCUGCAAAGAAAAUUCAA